CACAAUUAAGAUAAUGACAAAUUAAAUUUAAAAUGGAGUCCUAGUGUAUUUCUUACACUAAUAUCUCAUAUUGAAAUGAAUUAAUUUGUGAAUAUAACUGCAGUAGUUUUAAAAAAUAUAUUUUGGAACAAUGGAUUUUAGAUUAUUGUGGUUUGUAAAAUGCAUAAAUAAUGUUUUUGAAAUUGGAUCUGAAAAAGAGACAAUUAAACUAUUUGGAGACACUCUAAAUAAAGAUGAAGGAUUGUUAAGACAGCAAUUUACCCAGUACCUUGAAUCUUCGACAGUCAACAGAAAUAUGAAUACAAAUAUAUUUUACAUCUACAUAACUACGGUAAAAAAAGUCAUCAAAGAGGAAAUUGAAGUUGAAGAAGAACUAUCUGAGCUUGAAAUUCAAUCAUUGAGAGAGUCUGAUAGUAAAAAAAAAAAGAAAAAGCACCAUCAAGAUAAGAAGAAAAAGAAAAAAUACGUUCACAGAGAAGACACAUUAACCAGCGGUGACUCGCCAGCCUCAGAUACUGACAAUGAAUCAGAUGACGGAAAGUCUAGAGAUGGUUAUUCCAGCCCAGAUACUGCUAUACAAAUGGCUGACGAAGAUGGGAUAAAAAAAUAUUCCGAAAAACUAUUUAAAAGAGUAAAAGUGAUCCAAGAAAAAAUAAUUACUUUACCAGAACUGCAUGUUCAUUUUGGAUGUAUGGUUGGAAAUCUUAAUGCUGAUCUCAAAUACUUGUAUUUUGUUAAGAAUACAAACUCAAUUAUUCCAGUUUACGAUUUAGAAGAAGAAGCUGAUUUUUAUAUGCCUAGUCAAUUUUUAAUUGGUAAUAAAGCUGGGUGUUUAAUUAAAACUAUGGAAAAAGAAUUGGAAAAUAUUUGGAUACCAACUGUAAAAAAACAUUUAAUUGAUCCAUUUUUACACGAUUGUGUUACUACUCGCACUGAAAAAAAUAUUAUUAAAACAUUGACAUCAGCAAGUAUACCAUCCACAUUUGUACGAAUAACUCGUGAAAUUAAAGCUCAACACGAUUAUGAAAUUCUUAGCGAAGAGCGUCCAGAUGAUUAUGAAAAAAGACUUGAUUCUGUUGACUUAGAAAAAAUUAUAUCACUAAGCGAACUUUUUAUUCUUGAAUCAUUACCAACGUAUGAUAUAAAUAAACUGACAUCAUCAGAACCAUUGAAACAUCAUUUUUUAAUAGAAUUGCAAUGUUUAUCAGAUAAAUUAAAGUGGACAAUAGAUUACAUGCUAAAAAGACAAUCAUUGAAAGCCACUGAAUAUUUAAGUGGUCUUACCAAGGAUAAUGUAGAAGAAAUAGCUGAAGCUCUUGAAAAAACUCCUGCUAUGAUUCUUCAAUGUGUUAAUAUACUAGAAAAUUGGAAUUCAAAAAUGAAAAAUCUUUGUUCUAGUAUUUUUGAGUUUCAAGAGCGAGAGACUAUCCAAUCAGAGUUUAAUUUUUGGAAAAACAGUGAAGCAUCAGUUAGAUCGAUUAUAGAUGAACUUGAAUCUGAAGAUACAAAAUUGUUUCUCGAUGUAGUAGAAAAAACGUCAAACUGUACACAAGCAAUUAAAAACAUUUGGGAUGAAUUUAAAAUUGUUAAAUUACAAUUUAUUCGUUCGUGUGGCAUAGCAAAAGAUAAUUUAAAAUAUGUUUCACUUAUCAUGGAACACUAUAAGGAUUUUAUAUCAGCAGAUUUUAAUACAAUAAUUAAAGUUAUACCUAUUUGGUUUGAUGAUUUAAGAACUAUAUGGGUUUUAUCACCAUAUUUUGGUAAAGACGUAAAUAUGUUAAGAUUGCUUUUGCAAAUUUCAAAUGGCUUAUGUGAAAACGUCGGAAGAAAUUUAGGUGACUUAAAAUUAAUUUUCAAAAAUAAGAAUAUAAAAGAAAUAUCAGAAAUGUCUUUUAAUGCCACUAAAAUGUUGGAUGUUUGGUCAGCAGAAUACUUAGAAACUAGAAAAUCUAUUGAAAAAUCUAAAUUCCAACGAUGGGAGUUUGAUAAAUGUGUACUGUUUAACAAAAUAGAAUACAUUAAACGUAUAGCAAAAGAUAUUCAUGAAAUAGUAGUAACAAUUAAUCAAUUUUUGAACAUUUUGGGUUCGGAUUUAAGAUCAGUCAUUAAAGACAUGAUUGGUUUAGAUGUUAUGAUAAGUAGGGUAAAAUCGCUUUACAAAGUUUUUGAUGCUAUUGAUUUUGAUUUAUUUUGCGAAGAUAAUGUAGAAAAUUGGAAUUUAUUCUUAAAAGAAUUUAAUUUGGAAGUAUUAAGAGUUGAAGAAGAAUGCAAAAUUUUUAUUGACUGGUGUUUUAAUAAUUUAAGGUCGUGUAAAGAGGCAUAUUUAAUUUUGGAGAAACUUCAGAAGUUUACCUCAAGACCUGUUUUCAAAGAGCAACUUAAAACCAAGUAUGAAUCGAUUUUAAGACAGUAUGAAAAUGAGUUAACAACAAUUGAAACAUGUUUUUUGACUCACCAAAAUAAUCCUCCAAUUUCUCGAUACCAUCCUCCAAUUUCUGGAUCUAUAUUUUGGGUACGAAUGUUAUUCGAUAAGAUUAAAGAGCCAAUAACUGUUUUCCAAUCAUAUAAAUGUUGA